UCGGCGGCGGGGCGGCAGUUCGAGGGACCUGCUCCCUACGCCCAUGGCAGCCGCGAGCGUUGGGGUGGUUGAGCUGGGUUUCGUGGAGUCGGCGCCGGCGUGGCGGCUGCGCAGCGAGCAGUUCCCCAGCAAGGUGGGCGGCCGGCCGGCGUGGCUCGGCGCAGGCGGGCUGCCGGGGCCCGCGGGGCUGGCCUGCGCGCUGUGCGGCCGCCCACUGGCCUUCCUGCUGCAGCUGUACGCGCCGCUUCCGGGCCGCGCCGACGCCUUCCACCGCGGUCUCUUCCUUUUCUGCUGCCGAACGCCACCGUGCUGCGCCGGCCUACGCGUUUUUAGAAAUCAGUUGCCCAGGAGAAAUGACUUCUACGCCUAUGAGCCACCUUCUGAGGAUCCUCCGCCAGAGACAGGAGAAUCCGUGUGCCUCCAGCUCAAGUCUGGUGCUCAUCUCUGCAGAGUUUGUGGCUGUUUAGGCCCCAAAACAUGCUCCAGAUGUCACAAGGCACAUUACUGCAGUAAGGAGCAUCAGACUCUGGACUGGAGAUUGGGACAUAAGCAGGCUUGUACACAAGCAGGUGAUUUGGACAGUACAGUUCCAGACCACAGCUUCCUUUUUCCAGAAUUUGAAAUUGUAAUAGAAACAGAAGAUGAGAUUAUGCCUGAAGUUGUGGAAAAAGAUGAUGAAUCAGAGAUUAUAGGUAGCAUGGGUGAAGCACCUGAGGAAGAAUUGGAUUCCAUGGCAAAACAUGAAUCUAGGGAAGAUAGAAUUUUCCAGAAGUUUAAAACCAAAAUAUCCCUUGAACCAGAACAGUGUGGGGAAAAAAGAGUGGUUUUGAGGAUUAAGGUAGAUCGUAGACUCACAAUUCUCAGGUACGGCAGAGGAAUUGCCCCCAUCUGGGUCUCUGGUGAAAAGAUCCCCCAAGAAACGGAUAUUCCAGAUUGCCCCUGUGGGGCCAAGAGAGUAUUUGAAUUCCAGGUCAUGCCUCAUCUGCUCAACUACCUGAAGGCCGACAGACUGGGCAGGAGUGUCGACUGGGGCGUCCUGGCCAUCUUCACCUGUGCUGAAAGCUGUGGCCUGGGCACUGGCUACACAGAGGAAUUUGUCUGGAAGCAAGAUAUAACAGAUGCCGCCUAAAGACAAUGGUGUAAAGCCUUAAAAUAUUCAUCAUCUCUUAGACCUUCCAAUUCCAUUUCUAGGACUUUAUCCUAAGGAAAUAAUUAUACCAGAGAUACACAAAGAUGUUGUUUUAGGUGUUGUUUACAUUGUCGAAAUAUUAGACAGAAAUGUCCAGUGGCAGGGAAUUAAGUAAAUUCUGGUGUAUCUGUCCAGCAGGAGGCUACACAGUCUUAAUGAUACAGACUUAUAUGCACAUCAAGUAAGAUAAAGAUGCCAAGGUACCAUUAUAGAUGGUAUUCAUAGUAUACUAUUUUUGAAAAAAUACUUAUACAUGUGUAUGUACACCAAAAAUAUCUGGAAUGAUAUGCACUAGAUGUGAACUGGUUAACUGAACAGUG